AUGGCGGCGUCGACUUCGCAGCCUUUUACAUUGACCGACCUCCCGCCGGACCUCUUAGGCCAGGUCAUCGCUCUCCUCCCGCUCCCCGCCGACCGUGCCCGCUUCCGCGCCGUCUGCCGCUCGUGGCGCUCUGCCAUGCACGACCACGUCGAUACGCCGCAGCUACCGUGGAUCGUCCACUCAGAUGGCACCUUUGUCACCCUUCCCAACUAUUACCUUCACAGAUGGUCCCCCUUCCCCGAAAACACCAAGCUCAUAGGCGCCAGCGGCAGCUGGCUCGCCGUCUACCACGCCGACGCCAAUGGUGGUCCGCGGAGCUACAUGUUGCAUAACCCUUUCUCCAACACAACACUGCCCCUCCCGGGCUUGGACUCGGUCAUCGGCAGGGUUCCUGAUGAGUUCAAGGUCAGAAAGGUGCUUAUGAGGUCCACCCAAGAUGAUCUUGUUGCCGUGACCACUAACAUGAGGGAUCGCCGGAUUAUAUUGUGCCGCCCUGGGAAAUCCGGCACAUGGUUGCUCAAGCGCCGAGCGUUACCAUAUGCUCGUAUUUGUGACAUUGCGUUCCUUGAGGGCAGUCUCUAUGGGGUCACCUCGGAUGAACAACUUAUCGAGUUAGAAAUUGGUCAGAGAGAAGAUGGAUGUCCAAUGGUUAGAAGUGCUAAAUAUGUUAUCAAACACUUCCUAGGUCACGACGAGGGGGGCGAGCAGGAGGACGAUGAAAACGAAUCACAAAUGUCGGGCAGCGAGGAUGAUGAAGUGGUGGAGCCGAGCGAGGCAUCGAGUCUUGGGGGUGAAGAAGCAUCGGAUUACAAAGAGACAUCGAGUGAUGAUGAUGAUGAUGCAGCUGAUAUGGAAAGCAGCGAGACAUCAAGUAUCGAGGAUGAUGACGAAGAUACGGAAAGCAUGAGCGACGAGGAAUCCGACGAUGAAAAUGAAGUAGAAAACAACCUUGAGGACAAAGAUCUGGAUGGGUAUUGCCCGAAUCCCGAUGACGUCGAGGAGAACAAAUUCAUGGAUUACACCGCAACUGAAAGAUAUCUCCUUGAGUCAGGCGGCAAGCUACUCAUGAUAAGGCGCCGGCGUUUUAUACGAAACCAUUCCACGAGGCUCGGUCACGAGUUCAUAACCGAUAAUGAGGUUGAUGAUGAUUCUGACGCUGACGUCCUAGAGGCAAAUCUGCAGGUGGGCUCGUGGGUGCCGGCUGUUACAACAUGCACGCUCUUCAUCGGUGAUGUCUUCUCAAAAUCGAUUCAUGGCUGUGAGGAGGCAUCUGAAGAAUUUGACUACUACUUCCUUGAUGAACACGACGUCACCAUCACGAGGGCCACAACCUUACCGGAGUUCCUAGACUGGAAAUCGAUGUGGUUUUCUCCUCCAGAUAUAGUGGUUUAA